GACGGUUUCUGUUUUAGCGUCAAUACCUUGAGGUGUUUGUGAGUCCGACCUAUUUUGCAAUUGUCUGCAAAAUCUGAACACGAGUCGUGGAAUCGGUUGUGAGACAAAUACUUUAGAGUUUGAAUUCAUAUUAAAGUCUAAAAUAUAUAUCAAUUUUUUUUGUUAUUUAAACACUUGUAUUGAUAAUCGCUAUCAUUAAUAUAAGCAAAGAAUGGCAGAAAAGAUUAAAUGUGGGCCUAUAGUGGAGAUGCAGGGCGAUGAGAUGACCAGGAUAAUAUGGGACCUAAUUAAAGAGAAACUCAUCUUCCCGUUCAUCAACGCUGAGCUCCACUUCUUUGAUUUGGGGAUUGAGAACAGGGACGCCACCAAUGAUGAGGUGACCAUCGAGUGCGCCAAAGCUAUUCUCAAAUACAACGUCGGCGUCAAGUGUGCGACCAUUACUCCCGAUGAGAAGAGGGUCGAGGAAUUCAAUCUCAAACAGAUGUGGAAAUCCCCGAACGGAACCAUUCGUAACAUAUUGGGCGGCACUGUCUUCAGGGAACCAAUUAUGUGUAAAAAUAUUCCACAAGUGGUUCCCGGCUGGAAGAAACCCAUUAUUAUCGGUAGACAUGCUUUUGGCGAUCAGUACAAAGCUACCGAUUUUGUUGUGCCGGGGAAUGGAAAGCUGGAGAUAAAGUGGACCCCAGCGGCCGGUGGAGAGCCUAUCAAUUACACCGUCUAUGACUUCAAGGAUGGGGGAGGAGUAUCCCUAUCGAUGUACAACACCGACUCCAGCAUUACGUCGUUCGCGGAGGCGUCCCUUCAGUACGCUUUGGACCGCAAAUACCCGCUGUAUAUGAGUACUAAGAAUACCAUUUUGAAGAAAUAUGACGGAAGGUUCAAAGAUAUCUUCCAAGAGAUAUAUGAGAAGCAAUAUAAGGCCCGGUAUGAGGCGGCGGGCAUUUGGUACGAGCACCGGCUCAUCGACGACAUGGUGGCCCAGGCCUUGAAAUCUGAGGGGGGCUUCAUGUGGGCGUGCAAGAACUAUGACGGCGACGUCCAGUCAGACUCCAUCGCUCAGGGCUACGGCUCACUCGGAAUGAUGACAUCGGUGUUGGUCUGUCCGGACGGCAAGACCAUUGAGGCGGAGGCGGCCCACGGGACGGUCACUCGUCACUACCGGUUCCAUCAGCAGAAUAAGGAGACGUCCACUAAUCCGAUCGCAUCCAUCUUCGCGUGGACUCGAGGUCUGCUCCAUAGGGCUAAACUCGACGCCAACCCACCGUUGGCUCACUUCGCACAGACUCUGGAGAAGGUGUGCGUCGACACCAUUGAGGCCGGUUUCAUGACCAAAGACCUGGCCAUCUGUAUUAAGGGCAUGAAUGGCAACAGGGACGCCACCAAUGAUGAGGUGACCAUCGAGUGCGCCAAAGCUAUUCUCAAAUACAACGUCGGCGUCAAGUGUGCGACCAUUACUCCCGAUGAGAAGAGGGUCGAGGAAUUCAAUCUCAAACAGAUGUGGAAAUCCCCGAACGGAACCAUUCGUAACAUAUUGGGCGGCACUGUCUUCAGGGAACCAAUUAUGUGUAAAAACAUUCCACAAGUGGUUCCCGGCUGGAAGAAACCCAUUAUUAUCGGUAGACAUGCUUUUGGCGAUCAGUACAAAGCUACCGAUUUUGUUGUGCCGGGGAAUGGAAAGCUGGAGAUAAAAUGGACCCCAGCGGCCGGUGGAGAGCCUAUCAAUUACACCGUCUAUGACUUCAAGGAUGGGGGAGGAGUAUCCCUAUCGAUGUACAACACCGACUCCAGUAUUACGUCGUUCGCGGAGGCGUCCCUUCAGUACGCUUUGGACCGCAAAUACCCGCUGUAUAUGAGUACUAAGAAUACCAUUUUGAAGAAAUAUGACGGAAGGUUCAAAGAUAUCUUCCAAGAGAUAUAUGAGAAGCAAUAUAAGGCCCGGUAUGAGGCGGCGGGCAUUUGGUACGAGCACCGGCUCAUCGACGACAUGGUGGCCCAGGCGUUGAAGUCUGAGGGGGGGUUCAUGUGGGCGUGCAAGAACUAUGACGGUGACGUCCAGUCAGACUCCAUCGCUCAGGGCUACGGCUCACUCGGAAUGAUGACAUCGGUGUUGGUCUGUCCGGACGGCAAGACCAUUGAGGCGGAGGCGGCGCACGGGACGGUCACUCGUCACUACCGGUUCCAUCAGCAGAAUAAGGAGACGUCCACUAAUCCGAUCGCAUCCAUCUUCGCGUGGACUCGAGGUCUGCUCCAUAGGGCCAAACUCGACGCCAACCCACCGUUGGCUCACUUCGCACAGACUCUGGAGAAGGUGUGCGUCGACACCAUUGAGGCCGGUUUCAUGACCAAAGACCUGGCCAUCUGUAUUAAGGGCAUGAAUGGCGUGGAAAGAGGCGACUAUUUGAAUACAUUUGAAUUUCUUGACAAAUUGGCUGAAAAUUUGAGGGCAGAGUUGAAGAGAAAAUGA